GUGGUGUUGCAAUUGUAUGUAUUUGGUCCAAUAUAUCAUUAUUAUUACUGAUUAGUAGAGAUAAGCCACCGCAUUACGCGGGUAGGUCAUUGAGAAUCUGUAUUUUUCAGUGUCUUCAUGUGAAUAUUACUUUAAAGAAGGCUGCUCCUAUGUUGUAA